AACCCACGUGAUCAAAUGCGGAAAUCGACGAUCGCGAAAGUGCAGCGGAGAAAAGACGCACGAGAAAGGAGAGGAGUGGUGGUUCUGGUGCCCGUGCGUGUCCUGAGCUGCCGCUGGUGGGUCUAGCUGGACUCCCCCGGAACCAAACAACCCGUCUGCGGACCGACGGACGGAGAUCUCGCUCAUCUGCACAGUUCGUUGUCCGAGGGUCACCUCCAGUGAAUAAAGUAAGGGCUGUUCUGAGGUCAGACUGCUGAGAUGACAACGCUGUGACAGUGUGCGUGUCCAAGUGUGUCGGUGCUGGACCAAUUCCUGUGACAUGGCUGCUGCAAAGAAGAGUUGCGCAAAGGCAGGCGGCGUGCGCUUCUCAGAGGAGCCCCCCGCCGCCGGACCCCCGUCGCAUGUUCACUUCGACGAGAAGCUGCACGACUCCGUCGUCAUGGUGACUCCCGAGGAUGAUGGCAACUUCAUGGUCAAGGUCGGCUUCCUAAAGACGCAGCACCGGUAUGAAAUAGUCUUCACCUUGCCCGAGGUCCCGGCUCUGGGGAAGGACGUGUGUCCGGCACCGGUACCCAGUCCGCACCUCCGGAUCACCGAUAUCACGCCGGCACCAGAGGGAGGUCUGAGGGUGACCUGUGAGUACAUGGCCCAGCAGGAGGGCGUUCUGUGUGAGGAGGUGCUGCUGCUGAGCGAGACCAACGAGGACGUCUGCGUGAAAGUGAAAGUUCAGGCCAGAGUCAUGGAUCGUCACCAAGGCACCCCGAUGCUGCUGGAGGGCGUCCGCUGCAUCGGCGUGGAGCUGGAGUACGACUCUGAACAGAGCGACUGGCAGGGAUUCGACUAAAGCUGGAGCUCAGUGCACACACACACACACACACACACACACACACACAGACACACACUUGCCAUCAUAGAAGUAUACACACACACACCAAAUUAAAACACACACCAAAUAGGAACAAAAGAGUCCACACGAAUGAUUCAGUGCCACGUAAUAGUAUGUGCACGCAGCAUUUAAAGCGCCCCAGUGUUCACAGGAAAUGGAUGUGUGUGUGUCCUGAGAACCUUCACACGUCAUCGACAGCAUCUGAUCAGUCUGUCAUCGUCCCCCUGGUCUUCUUUUUGACACACUAAGCUGUGUUGUCCUUACUGAACCACUAGAGGGCAGCAGCACUCUCUGAAUCAGUGCAGCCUGGCAUCCCUUGUUCUCCGCCUCCUUGUUCUCUCUUUUCCUGAAGAGCAAACUGAACCCCGCGUGAAUGUACAGGUGAGGGAGUAAACGAGGGCUCUUUUAUUCAUUAAGUAGCUGAACGUGAUCCAUGAGGAAGGAGUAUACAUCUGCACGUGUCAAGGGAGAAGAGUUUAACUGGUGAGCGAUGCUGUGCCUGUAAUGUCUCUGUUUGACCAUAGGGGGGCGCUGCAGUUACACCUCUGGAUGUAACACUCCUCAGUGUGCUCACAUUUCUCCAUUUAAGGGGCACAUUUACACUGCCAUCUAUCUUCUGCUUCUACUUACGUUUUCCUUCUCUGCAUCUUCAAGGAAAUCCCCAUAAACUCGUGUGAACAUAUUUCAACAGGUGUGUGUGUGUGUGUGUGUGUGUGUAUGUGUGAGGAAAGAGUUUGCAGCAAUACUAAUUGGGGAAAA